UUCUUCUCUCUCUCUUCGGUUUUCAUUCCUUAACGCUCAAACCGUGUAUCCCCUCCUCCUCCUCCUCCUCCUCCUCCUCACACCUUUUGGUCAGAAGAGGAAGAGGAAGCCCAGCCCAGGGAGAGACGCUGAGAGGAUGAAACUCUGACACGCCGGCAGACCACAGGGAAACAAGAGCACAACUAUAAUUGCUCAGAAGGAAGCACCCAGGAAGGUCAGCCAAGAAUCCUGCUGUAGGUGCCAAAGUGAAAUCUACAGGACUACAAUUACUUGGACAGACUUCAGCUGCAGAGCAAAGUGAAUGACAGUUCCAGUCGCCUGCUGUUGUCCUGCGCACACAUUGGAUUCCACCCUCUGCAGUAGCAACAAGUGAUUUCCAACUCCUGCAACUUCUUGCACAGGUUGUAUCUGACGGAGGGACCGGUGCCGCGCUCCCAUCCCCGCGCUCCUUCAACAACAACACUGCUGGUAAACGAUCUCCCCCAAGAGGAUUGUGGGUAAAGUAAGUCUUAAUAAAAAAGGGUUCUUCAGCACCUGUGGCAGCAGCAGCGAGUCGAGUGACCAGCUCCAGGCCGACCGGCUUCACCUGUACAUGGAGACCCCCAGCUGGGCAGGAAACACGUUGUGUAAGUCAGGAAGCAUUGCUGUCUUCGGGAACGUGGUGUACAGCGGACUGCUGAACGAUCACCUCUGGCAUUUGGGAGUGCCCCUCUUUACAAGACUGGGUAACCAAGAGGCCACCAACCCCCCAGAAGCGAUGGCCCAGCCGUACACCCCAGCCCAGUACCCGCCUCCCCCACAGAAUGGCAUCCCCGCAGAGUUUGCGGCACCCCACCCGCUUCCGACACAGGACUACACUGGGCAGAGCCGGGUUCCCGAGCACGCCAUGACCCUGUACACGCCCACACAGACGCACAGCGAGCCGGCCGGCACUGACAACAGCACGCCCGCCAUCACCGCCACCACGACCGCACCGGUCAGUGUCCUUCAUCACCUGCAAACACUGUUCUCAACACGCUGUCAGCAAACAGAUGAUGUGACGCAAACAGAGGGCUCUCAGCAGCUCCAGCUCCAGCACUCAGACUCUUCAGAGAAGCAGCAGCCCAAAAGGUUACAUGUCUCCAACAUUCCCUUCCGUUUCCGGGACCCCGACUUAAGGCAAAUGUUUGGGCAAUUUGGAAAGAUUUUAGAUGUGGAGAUUAUCUUUAAUGAGCGAGGAUCCAAGGGCUUUGGGUUUGUAACUUUUGAAACAAGCACAGAUGCUGAUCGUGCACGGGAGAAACUAAACGGUACAAUCGUAGAGGGACGCAAAAUAGAGGUGAACAAUGCAACGGCACGGGUGAUGACAAACAAAAAAGUGGCCAAUCCCUACACAAAUGGCUGGAAGCUGAACCCAGUAGUAGGAGCUGUCUAUGGUCCUGAACUGUAUGCCGUAACAGGGUUCCCCUACCCUGCCACAGGCGCUACGGUGGCCUAUAGGGGUGCCCACUUGCGGGGACGGGGACGGGCUGUGUACAACACGUUCCGCACGGCUCCGCCACCACCGCCAAUCCCUGCUUACGGAGCGGUGGUGUACCAAGAUGGCUUCUAUGGUGCAGAGAUCUAUGGUGGCUAUGCAGCAUACAGAUUUGCCCAGCCCACCACUACCGCUGCUUACAGUGACAGCUAUGGCAGAGUCUAUGCAACAGCAGAUCCCUAUCACCACACGAUUGGCCCUGCAGCCACAUACAGUGUGGGGACCAUGUAAAUACAAAAUGAAGAGCUGUACUCAGUAUUGAUGGACAUCACACAUGAAAACAACGAAGAGAGGAGAACUAGCUUUAAGAAAAUAACACAAGAAGAAGACGAGAAGGAGUCCCUCUACUGAGGCUGGCGAGGGAAGACGGGAGGCGUACAAAGUGGCGCCGCGGCAGCGGUGUCAAACCAGCCACAAACUUGACAGAUGGAGUGAGCCAGUUUCCACCAGGGACCACCUUUUUGCCGGGUAGAAAAAGACAGAAAGAAAGAAGUGUCCCGUUAUUAUAAAACAUUUUAUUUUUCUAUACUUUUGUGAUUUACAAUGUUGAAAAAAAAAAACAAACAAAAACAAAAAGUGUGUAUAAAGCAGUAUAUAUGUACAAAUCUGUUUUUAUGUUUUUUGGUAAGGGAGAUGAACAGUUGGCCCUUGAUGCUGAUUCUGUGGUAUGCAGGAAGGAGGAGGGAGGACCCGACCCCCCUCCUCUCUCUAUGGCACACUGCUCUGUCGCCGAGGUCAUGUAAAAACAAACAAAAAAAGAAAAGUAAAAGCAAGAACAAACAGAAAGGUGGCAGGGAGAGCUCGGCAUCCAGGCAGAAGCACUUUCUACGCUGUACUUCCUGUGGGUGGAGUCAAAGGUCAGCUUCCUGGUCUCACUGCUCCGCCUUCUUCCUUCCAACCUCCUUCCUUCACUACUUUCCUUCCUUUCCGGGCCGGUGACGACGCAGCCUCCCUCCUCGUUGCGACGUCACUGGCCUGCUGCGCCUACUGUUAGCAGCGUCCCCCGUGGAUACUGUCGUGAUGUCACUUCCUCCUGGCAGCACCAUUGGGCAUCCCCACCCUCCCCAAUGGGCAGCAUAAAUGGUUUACAGCGUUGGGGAGUUUGGGGGGGUUGAGCCACAGCGGGACGGUGAGACGGUAAAAAGCCGAGCCUCCCAGUCUGCCCCUCUCCACGCCCCAGCAGAGGUCACUGACUAAAGGACUAUUUAGAAAAAGGAAAAAAAAAAAAAAAAAAAAAAAAAAAAGGCGCUAAAGUCGCCGACUUUACUCACCUGCCAGACUCCGAGCCCAAGCCUUUGUGUCACUCUGCACCGAUGGACGAUCAACACGAUAAAAAGGUGCGUAAAACUACCAAGGAUGCACGUUUCCAUCUGACGAGAAUAACUCAUCAACGUCCAUGUAACAAAUUGAAUUAUAAUCAAAUAAUCCCAUUGUACUACAUCAGCAGGUGCAUAACCAAAACACAAGCCUGAGGCAUACAGACUAUGUCGCUAGAUAAAACAUUCUAGAAAUACAGUAGUGCCCAUCCAAUGGUAUCAAGGAACGAGGGCUGAAAUAUGUGACUUUUUUUUCCAAAUGUAUUCUGAGAAAAAUUUGUGUGUUUUCUUUUUCCUUUUUUUCAGCACUAAAAACUUUUGAACAGGAAAAAAUGUUUUACUUUUGUGGAAGCAGAACCUUAAUUCUUUACAUCAGGAGAGUCACUGUAAACGUGUUUAAUCAAGAAUGUUGGUUCAGUUUUUGAAUGUACUUUAAUGUCUAGGGUGUCCAAUAAGUAUGUAUUCUUUUCCUGUAUAUAAAUAUAUAUACAUAUCUAUUAUAUGGGCUGUGGUGAUGUCAGGGAAUAGAGGGGGUGGCAGGAAAGCCUCUGGCCCCCCACGCAUAGAUAUCAUAACCGCCUCCAACUAAAUAUGUCCCUGAUAUUUACUGUAACAUGUGAUCAUGUGUUAUAUGAUUGAAAGUGUGACGGUGAUAGUGUGAACUGAUCCCCGCCCCCUUCCCCUCCCCAAACCCACCUUUACCACAACACGUACUACACAGAUACUCACUUGCAGGAUUACAGACACGAUCCUAAACAUUGUCGUCCCUGUCCAGAGCAAACCAUCACAUCCUAAAGAGAAAGAUUACAUCUACAGUAAUUCUAGCCCUCCAUCGGAGCUGCAAAGACUUGCUAAUUAGCAUAAGGUGUUUGUGGGUGUUGGAUACAAAAAAAAAAAAGAAGUUGAUGAAUAUUGAUUUUUUUCUUUCUUACUUGAACCAAAGUAUGAUUUGAACACACAGUCUCAGUGCUCUUUGAUCAGGAGACAGCAGGACUCUGUGAUGAUGGCGGAGCCCGGAUGUGUAUUGACGUGACCCAGAUUUUACUCGCUCAACGCUGCUAAGGAAGAGCUCGCUCUUCGGCUGAUAUAACGAGUUGAUGAAGCUCCUCUUGCAGUUUACGAGUCCACUGCUUCUCAUGCUGACCCUGGUGGGCGGGUGGCUUUAUUGCAUAUUGGAUAUAACCUGCUGGCCCUGAGAAGAAACUUUUCCGCUUUCUUUUUUCAAAAUUUUUUUUAUGUUUUUUCCUCUAUAAAUCAGAGGCGAGCAGGUUUGGGUGAAGCACAACUUUGUUUGACAGUUCAGGGUACACUACUUGUUAGUAGUGGUCUGUGUGAGUUAUUCCAAGAGGAUAAGAAAAGGUUAAGCUCCUGACUUCCUGUAAAAACUACAAUAUGUACUGUUAAUAUCCUGUACAGUAAUUCCAACUCACACUUCUUGAUUAACUUCAUCUUAUUUCAGGUUAAAAGAAAAAAAAAUCUUGUUCUGAAUCAGGGCUCCUACCCAUGCGACCUCUGUUCAUCUGUAGACAGCUUCUCAUAUAUUAUAGAGUAUCUAUAUCAUGGCAACUAACUGUUGUGAAGUCUAAUUGGGGUAAAGUCGGUCAUUUGUUCUCCCAUGCAGCUACCAUAUGCAGAUUUAGCAUCUUCAUACCUGUAGGUUUGUUUCUGAGAGUCACAUGAUUCUUCUGGCCUACUUGCGGUCGUACAGACUCGUGGUGGGUCAGAAACAACUCACGAGCAGGUUGGAGUUUUAGCCUGACGAGAACUUCCAGGGAGGCAGAGAUAAAGAGCCACAGUUCUUCUCUUUUUCUUCUUUGUCUUUAUUUUUUAUGGACUUUAAAAGUUGUCACAUGGAUGGAGUUUGUCCACAGAAAUAUCUAUGCAUUUUGCAACAGAAACACUUGAUGUCAUGUGUGAUAGGCACAUUUUUUGGGAGAAAAAAAAAACAAAAAACAAAACAAAACAAAAAAAAAAAACUUAUCUACUUAUUCUACUUAGCUAUUAACAGAUUUAAUCUGACAGGAUAAAGCUGGUAUUGUUAUUAUGUGUUUUAAUUUUGUCAACAAAUCUCAAGAAAAGACAAAACCAAAAAAAAAGUGUGUGUUUGUCUCUUAAUAUUCCAACUUAGUUACCCUGAUUGUUUCUCUUGAUAUAAGUAAAUACACAUUUUUAAAAACUUAAUACGCAUUACUCAAGCUAAAGUGCAUUUCCUGGGACUAUUUUUUAGCGGAUGAAUCCACAUAAGGUGCUCCUGUGAGGAUUUGUAACAGCGUGAACAUGUCACCACCUGCAGCAGUGUGGCACACUGAUGCAUUUUUAAUAGUUUUCAGACGAGAGCGAAGCUCAGUGGUAUAAAAAGCAUCUGGCUUUGGAUAAACACACAACGCUUUGUUCACGGCUAUGUUUGGUUUUGAUCUGUUCGUGGGAUUUGAGCUGCAUCUCUGCUCAAUUUUUUAUUGUGUUUAAUGUCAAAGGGUCAAUACGUAGCAUUUCCAAUGGGACAGUGAUGCAGAAAUUAAUGUCACAUCAGGCUGCCUCUGUUUUAGUUUAUGCAAAGUUUCUUGGUUUGUUUAAUUUUAAACUGGACGUCAGAGGUCGAUAAAUUAUUACUAUUAUCAAUUUAGAUGCACAUACAAUAGCAACAAUUUCAGAUGAGUGUUCGAAUGAAGAGUCGGUUUUUCAUUGUUUCUAGUGUUAUUUAUUGUUGUGGUAGUAGGAAUAGUAAUAGGGGCUGUGUGCAAUGUUGCCAUUUUAAGUAUUGUACUGAUGUUUGCCUGAAGCUCAUUUUCAUCUGCAGAUCACAGUUGAAACAACGAUGUUUGAUACUAAACAUGUACGACAAGUAUGUUUCCUCUAUUAUACUUGUUUUAAAUGUGUAUGCAGCUUCACAGCUAACUAUAAAGUGCUGGUGUUUUCCUAGAAACAGAAAAAAAGUGAAAAUAGAGAGAAAACAGAGCGCUUUUUGACAUGUGUGGUAAAUGAAGAGUCCCAUCCUGCUUACGGGUUAGCUCCUGUUCUAUAGCUUUUAUUGCAUGAAGGUAUUUUGUCAUAUUUUUUCACUAAACUGCAGCUUCCAUGAACACGGCUGCCCCCUUUUAUACUGCUUAGCUCCCAAAGCCUCAUGAGAGCUGUAGUUAAAUACCGAGGGGAAAAAAAAAAUCAAAAAGAUAAAAUUUUAUUGCCUUAGAGUUUUCUGUCUUUCUAUCCACUGUUAAUAUAAAAAUACUAAAUACAUUUUAAAUGUUCUAAUUGUAGUUAGAUGUUACUAGUGUCGGUUAGCUGCACCGGCAGCAGUGGUCAUGUAUGGAGUAAGAAAACACUGUUUUUUUUUUUUUUGUUUUGACUGUGGUUGUUUGUCUCUGCUCGCUGCAUCCGGAGGAGUUCUGCCUUUAAGAAAAAGAAAUGGUCCGUCUAAAACUCCAGCCUGCACCGUAGCAGUGGGAUGGAGCGGGGGGCGGGGUUACAGUGACCCUCCCUUCCUCCCUACAGAUGCCUUCAGUAUAAUGAACUGGUCCUGAUCUUCCUGAGCACAACUGCUUGAGCUGUGACACUAGCAGGAUAUCCCCCCCCCCCCCC